UAGAGGAGACCCAUAUGGGAAGAGGAUAAAAAAAAAAAAAAAAAAAAAAAAAAAACAACAACAACAACAACAACAACAAAAAAAACCCCACUGAACCCAGAGAGUAUAUAAGAACAAGCAAAGGGGCUGGGGAGUGGAGUGUAGCCACGGUCACAAGAAAGACGUGGUCCUGACAGACAGACAAUCCUAUUCCCUACCAAAAUGAAGAUGCUGCUGCUGCUGUGUUUGGGACUGACCCUAGUGUGUGUCCAUGCAGAAGAAGCUAGUUCUACGGGAAGGAACUUUAAUGUAGAAAAGAUUAAUGGGGAAUGGCAUACUAUUAUCCUGGCCUCUGACAAAAGAGAAAAGAUAGAAGAUAAUGGCAACUUUAGACUUUUUCUGGAGCAAAUCCAUGUCUUGGAGAAUUCCUUAGUUCUUAAAUUCCAUACUGUAAGAGAUGAAGAGUGCUCGGAAUUAUCUAUGGUUGCUGACAAAACAGAAAAGGCUGGUGAAUAUUCUGUGACGUAUGAUGGAUUCAAUACAUUUACUAUACCUAAGACAGACUAUGAUAACUUUCUUAUGGCUCAUCUCAUUAACGAAAAGGAUGGGGAAACCUUCCAGCUGAUGGGGCUCUAUGGCCGAGAACCAGAUUUGAGUUCAGACAUCAAGGAAAGGUUUGCACAACUAUGUGAGAAGCAUGGAAUCCUUAGAGAAAAUAUCAUUGACCUAUCCAAUGCCAUGGACCUGGUACCUGAACAUGUUCUUGUUCUCACACUACAGAUCGCUGCCUCCAGGCCCGAGAAUGAAGAAUGGCCUGAGCCUCCAGUGUUGAGUGGAGACUUCUCACCAGGACUCCACCAUCAUCCCUUCCUAUCCAUACAGCAUCCCCAGUAUAAAUUCUGUGAUCUGCAUUCCAUCCUGUCUCACUGAGAAGUCCAAUUCCAGUCUAUCCACAUGUUACCUAGGAUACCUCAUCAAGAAUCAAAGACUUCUUUAAAUUUUUCUUUGAUAUACCCAUGACAAUUUUUUCAUGAAUUUCUUCCUCUUCCUGUUCAAUAAAUGAUUACCCUUGCACUUAAAUAUAUGUCUCUAUGUCCAGA